AUGACAAUAACAAGGACUGCGUGGCGAGCCGUGAAUCGGCAAGUCUACAGUCAACGUAGCAGCUUAUUGACUACAGCGUCGAGAAGGCUCUGGUCUACUUCAGUCGGGGGAGCCUCCAAGUCUCUGGGCUCCUUGGGCAAAUUUCUCAAAGUAUCCGAGGCAGUGCAAGAUGCUAUCGCCACCAAUAAGCCGGUUGUGGCUUUGGAAUCGACAAUCUACACCCACGGGGCAUUGGGUGAUGAUCUUGAUCUGGAAGGCAUUGUCCGCCGCAACGGUGGAGUGCCAGCCGUGUGUGGAAUUCUUGAGGGCGUGCCAUCCGUUGGACUUUUGCCUGAAGAAGUGGCGCAUAUGGUUGCCAGCUCACCCAAGAAAGUCUCUCGGAGGGAUAUCGCAUUCCUCACCGGCAUGGGUAUGAUGGGCCAGAGAAUCAAUGGAGGCAUGACGAUUGCCGGCACCAUGAUUUUGGCAAGGCUGGCCGGCAUUCGCGUCUUUGGCACAGGCGGCCUUGGUGGCGUGCACCGAGACGGUCACAACACUCUCGACAUCUCGGCCGACCUGACGGAGCUUGGCCGUACCAGAAUGGCUGUUAUCAGCAGUGGCUGCAAGGGCUUUCUCGAUCUCCCACGAACGUUGGAGUACCUUGAAACGCAAGGCGUUCUGGUGUCGACCUUUGCGGAUGGCCGUAAUGGAAAUGUUGAUUUCCCUGCCUUUUGGGCUCGGGACAGCGGCACCAAGAGUCCAUUUGUGGUGCAAACCGAAGAGCAAGCAGCGGCCAUGAUCUUGGCACAGGAGAGCCUUGGUAUCGAGUCCGGACUCUUGUUCGCAAACCCUAUACCAGAAGAGUUUUCCAUUCCGCGAGACGAAAUGAACAAGAUCAUUGACCAAGCUGUUCGCGAGUCAGAGAAACAAGGUGCCUCAGGCAACGAGAACACGCCUUUCAUUCUCAAGAAGAUUCGGGAGCUCUCCAACGGUCGGAGCGUGCCGGCAAACAAAGCACUAGUCCAAGCGAACGUGGAGCGCGCUGCCAAAGUCGCCGCUGCUGUCUCGCAAAUUAUUUCGGGCGAUAUUGCGGCGCCUGUGCAAGCGAAAAGCCAACCCCAAUCCUAUACGAUCCCAAAGUUGGCAAAUAAGCCUGUAAUCAAUGACGUCCAAGAAACAAAGCCCAAGGUAGAAGGAGCAGAUAUCAUGGUGGCUGGCUCCGUUGCAAUUGAUUUAAACUGUGACUAUGCCGGGCCUGGCAGCGCCAAUGACCCAGCACCCCAUCUGAAGACUUCCAAUCCUUCCCGUAUCAGUCAGUCUAUAGGGGGCGUUGGUCGCAACGUGGCACUAGCCGCACACCGUGUCAGUGGCGAUAUGAAGGUCAGACUAUGCAGCAUGGUGGGAAAUGACAUUGCCGGCUCGACCGUAUUAGCAUCACUCACUUCAGCGGGCAUGGACACUCAGUCCAUCAGACAGCUCAGCGGGCCAUCAAGCAGGACUGCACAAUAUGUUGCGGUCAAUGAUGCCAACAAGAGCCUCGUCCUUGCCAUGGCCGAUAUGGACCUAUUUACUACACAUUCUUUCCCGGCAGAGUGGAGUGCUGAAGUGGCCGCUGCCAAACCAAAGUGGCUCGUUGUAGAUGGCAAUUGGUCAGAGCCCAGCAUUCGUUCGUGGAUAAAUGCUGGCAAGAAGAGUGGCGCCAAGGUGGCUUUCGAGCCUGUAUCGAAUGCAAAGUCGGCUCGGUUAUUCUGUUCGGCAAAGAACAUGGAACAGUUGGGUGUUUAUCCCAGACAUCAUGUCGACCUGGCCACCCCAAAUCAGUACGAGUUGGCAGCCAUGCACGCUGCGGCACAACAAAACGGAUAUCUCGAGAACCAGAAAUGGUGGGAGGUUAUCGAUGCUUUUGGCAUGAAGGGUGCGAGAGAACGAUUUGUCAGCAUCACUUCCGCUGCCAUGACGGAUGCUGGAAUUCCGCAGCAAGCCAUUCAACUACUCCCAUACGUUCCUACAAUCAUCACAAAGCUUGGCGACCAAGGAGCUCUCUUGACUUCAAUUCUGCGAAAAGAAGAUCCGCGCCUGAUUGAUGUUGCUUAUGAGCCAUUCAUUCUAUGCAGAUCGUUCCACGAUCACCCAGAUAUUGGAGGUGUCUAUAUGAGGUUAUUCCCAGUGGCGCAGACCGUUGAUGAUGUUGUCUCAGUCAAUGGCGUAGGAGAUACAUUCUUGGGCGUUCUGAUUUCCGGGCUUGCUCAGGGAGGGGAAAUCGAAAAUCUCAUGCAUGUUUCCCAAAAGGCGGCAGUCAUGACCUUGAGAAGUUCUGAAUCGGUCAGUGAGGAGUUGGGAUCAUUGACAGGCGAGUUGGCAGCAUCUCGGGCGAUGUGA